CUUUAUGCUACAUAAAUUGUUUUCAGUAGGUCAGAGUUUCACUUAGUCACCCAWCUCCCCUGUCCCCAGUAGAGACUCCCCCCGGACAGAGAGAUCGAUGACAUGGCGACCAAGAAAGCYGUUUUGUUCAACCUGUGGGGGGUCGUUGUUUCUCCCAGACCUGCAGAAGUUUUCCUCAAAUUCGAAGAAAACCUCAAACUCCCCAGUGGUUUUCUGAAGAAGGUGGUGACUGACAAGCACAGCGCCAUGGGACGCGCAGAGAGGGGCAAACUCACACUCUCUCAGAACCUCCCCGCCUUCACCUACCAUCAACCAAUCAUGUCAAUGCAGAGCUAUAAGGAGCCCUCCACAUUGUUGCAGAAGUUGAGGCGCACGGGGAUGCGGUAUGGAGCUCAGUUUGGCCUCUGCAUGACUCUGGAGGUUCCGCCCGCUCUCACCACAGUGGGAGUGCCUCCGAAACAGGCUCUGUGGUUGGGUGACGAUGAGGAGGGGGUGGGAGCAGCAGAGGCAGUAGGGAUGACAGCUGUUCUGGUGAAGGACCUGCCGGAAGCUCUGAAACAAGUAGAGGCCUUCACUGGAGUACAGGUCGUAACAGGGGAAAGCUACCCAGCCUCUUGCAACCCAGAGGAGGUCUCUCAUGGCUAUAUCACCAUCAAGCCCAGGGUAAAGCUGCACUAUGUGGAGAUGGGGACGGGGCCCCCAGUCAUGCUGUGUCACGGCUUCCCUGAGAGUUGGUACUCAUGGAGAUACCAGAUUCCAGCUCUAGCUGAUGCAGGGUUUAGAGUCUUAUCUCUGGACAUGAAGGGCUAUGGAGAGUCUACAGCUCCACCAGACAUAGAGGAGUACUCACAGAACAGAUCUUGCCAGGAUCUUGUGACUUUCAUGGAUAAAAUGGGUAUUCCCCAGGUGACUCUGGUUGGUCAUGAUUGGGGUGGAGUUGUGGUCUGGAACAUGGCCCGGUGUCAUCCAGAGAGAGUCAGAGCGGUAGCUUCUCUGAACACCCCUCUGUUUCCUGUGGACCCCUCCAAGGAUCCAAUGAACUUCCUGAAGACUGUGCCAAUCUUUGACUACCAGCUCUACUUCCAGGACCCCGGUGUAGCUGAAACUGAGAUGGAGAAAGACCUGGCAAGGACCUUCAAGAUCUUCUUCCGUGGCAGUGGAGAUAAGGAUAAUGUUCCUCAGAUCAACACUGCUGGAGUUUGUGCCAGAGGUGGUCUGUUCGUAGGACUACCAGACGAGAUUCCCAGGAGCUCCAUCCUCAGUGAGACUGCUCUGCAGUUCUACAUCACUCAGUUCAAAGACAAGGGAUUCAGAGGGCCGUUGAACUGGUACCGUAAUGUUGUGAGCAACUGGAAAUGGCUAUGCUCCCGACCCAGGGCUAAGCUCUUGAUGCCAGCUCUCAUGGUGACAGCUGGUAAAGAUCAUGUCCUGCUGCCUGUCUUCUCCAAGGGGAUGGAAACCAUGAUCCCCAACCUAACAAGAGGACACAUCGAAGAGUGUGGACACUGGACCCAGAUGGAAAGGCCGUCUGAGCUGAACACCAUUCUGAUCUCCUGGCUGAAAGACACUCACAACAACACUGGGGUUGCCAUGACACCCAAGCUGUGAUCAGUUACCAGGACAACGUAUUCCUCUUAGUGCACUUUGUAGUGAACUCUUGGAAUCAUCUGUUCAUUCAGAAUUAUUUCUAAAACUGUACGAUAACCCUUUUUUAAAAACCUGAAACAUUUUUCUCUUCUAAAGACACACACGAUGCACAAAUAGACAGUUACAACAGCCACGACACCUCCAGCAUGAUUGUCUCAAAACGUCCCUUUUUGAGCCGUUUCAUGAGAAAGUGCGACUGACCUUUACGUUGAGUGUACAAAAUAUAAAGGACACCUGCUCUUUCCAUGACUUAGGCCCCAUUCUACACCUGCACUGCUUGCUGUU